UUUCCUGGAACUUGUGUUUAUCUUGUUUUUGUUUGUUUUUUAAAUAUUUUUUUUCUACAUCUUGGUUCGUUAGUCAACUGUUAGGAAUGCGAACAAACAUCCGCCCGUAUCGUCGCUGAAUUAUCACUUCACGACACUUAUCACCGUUUUCUUAUAGGUCGUAAUUCCGUGGAAGUGGUAAAACUUGGUUUUUCCAAAGUAAAAAUGAAGUAGAGGGGAAGUUUGUUUGCAUCUUUGGAUCCGUUGAUGUGACCUCCCGCAGCGUUAAUCAUUUGAAGCUGUGAUCUCUCCAUACACAACAGGGUAUUAUAUGUAUUGUUUUUAGAAAAUGUCACCAGCCAGCCCAUUCAACAUGUGGGCCAAUCCAUCUCAAGACGCCAAGAUCACGAUAAAUUGCCUGAUGCCCAACAGUAUUCUUAUUCCCUUAGAUGUCAUGUCUAAUGCUGUGCUGUCAGAACUUAAAGAAGAAUUAUGGGAAGAAGCAAGGAAAUAUCCGCUGCAAGGCCUGCUGAAGGAACAGUCCUCCUACAACUUUAUGUGUGUCAAUUGCAUGGCAGAAAGGGAAACGCUCAUCGACGAAAGCAGACGACUAUGCGACGUCAAACCUUUCUACAACCUACUCAAGGUGGUGGAGCGAGAAGGUGACAAAGCAGAAGAAACACUCAACACCAAAAUCGGCCAACUUAUCGGUAAAGGAUUACACGAUUUCGAUUCACUCAAGUCCCUUGAAGUCAACGAAUUUCGAUGGAGAAUGAAGGACAUGGUGUCGGCCAUUAGCAGGGAAAGGGAAGACACCUCAACACUAGACAGGAUCAAGCAACAAUAUCCGUGUGACAUGGCAGAAUCGGAUGAUUUGCCGGCGUAUCUUGCACCCAAACUGCGCGAUGGAGUAAUGCAGGUGAACAUCCAACUGGAAAACAUGGAGACUUGCUUCUCGUUCUCUAUCGCCCACACGUCCACACCGUUCCAGCUGACAACAAUGGCGUUGCAAAGGAAUGCUCAUCUCCUUGGCCAGUAUCCCAUCGACGAAGAUAUUGGCUGUGGUCACGUCCUCAAAGUCAGCGGCCGGCAAGAAUACCUGAUUGGCGACUUUCCUUUGUCCCGCUUUCUCUAUGUUCGCAAUACGUUAACCAGAGAAGAGCAUCCGUCGUUUGUCGUCGUGGCCAGCCAAAGCGUCAUUCUGGAAUCUGUCAGUACCAUGUCCAGCGCUUUGUCCAGCGCCCAAGAAGCUGAAGCUGUCAAACGAAACUCACGCAACUCUUUCCCGACAAUGCGCAAGAAACAGUCGCUACUCUCAUGGAACGUUGACUCCCAUUUUUCCUUUCGAGUGGAAAGCGUUUCGUUACUCAACACAAGCGAAUCGGAGGUAGGAAUUCAAGCUGGAAUUUUCCACGGAGGUCGCUCUUUAUGUGAGCCAAGAAAAACGCAAGCGAAAAGCUACGCAAACGGCGAGUGUACUUGGAAUGAAGAACUGACAUUCGAUUUAAAGGUGCGAGAUUUACCCCGCGCCGCCAGAUUGUGCUUAGUCGUCUACAGUCUGUCAAAAAUGUCCAAAGGUGCCAAAGGAUCUCGUCGAACGUUCAAGGAUCUUGAAAAUGAAAUGUACAUUAACCAGUUGGCGUGGGCCAACACGACCAUCUUCGAUUACGAAGGGCUUCUCAAAACGGGAUCAUUUACCUUAUACAUGUGGACCUAUGCCGAAGAUGUACAGAACGAAGAGAUCAUGAAUCCAUUAGGUACGGUCGUCUCCAAUCCAAACGUGGAUCACGCAACAGCCCUGACACUGGCGUUCACCAAGUGUCAGGACAGCAAAUUGGUUCUCUAUCCCAAAAUGGAGGACAUUUGUGCAGCAGCCGCUAAUUUUAGAGAUGAACUAUCUGACGAUAGCGGUUUGUCGUCGCUAAAUUCUCUUAGUGGAGAUACCAGUAGCUUGAGUAGCCUCAGUAUUGCUAGCACCGCCAGUAUUAACAGUUUAAACAGUAUCAACAGUUUGAAUAGUAUGGCCAGUACGAGCAGUUUGUCGUCGAAGCGGAGCAACGGGUCGGCCAUGUUUUACAUUACGGAGCAGUUGCGUUACACGGCCGAACGCGAUCCCCUUCACGAAAUGCACGAAGACGAGAGGAGAUUCUUGUGGUCUUUACGCUAUCAAAUAUCUCAGCAGGUGCCUAACCUCUUGCCAAAGCUCUUGCUUUGCAUCGAAUGGAACGAUUACAAGGAAACGGCAGAAAUGCUCUCACUCCUGCCCAAAUGGCCCAAACUGCCUCCGGCCAGGGCGUUGGAAUUGUUGGAUUUCGCUUACGCCGAUGCCGGGGUUAGAAGUUUCGCCAUUGAGUGCGUUCGUCAAGUCAGCGAUGACGAGCUGCUACUUUACUUGCUUCAACUUGUCCAAGCGCUCAAACACGAGAGCUACCUGGAGUGUGAUCUAGUCAACUUUCUCAUCGUUCGUGCCUUGAGAAACCGAAAAAUUGGCCAUUUCCUCUUUUGGCAUUUGAGAGCCGAAAUGCAUGUCCCGGCUGUUGCUGUCCGUUUCGGGCUGAUGUUAGAGGCCUAUUGUCGCGGUGCUCCGGACCACAUGAAAGUCUUUUCUCGUCAAUUAGCGGCACUCGACAGGCUCCAGGAAACAAGCGAAAUGGCCCGGCAGAAGAAGGAGGGUCGUGACAAACUCAAGCAGCUUGUGCAGGAGUCGUUGAGGCAGAACCAUUUCUACGAGGCACUGUCGGACCUUCUUUGCCCGCUGGACCCAGCUUUACGUUGCCGCCGCAUCCGGGUGGAGAAGUGCAAGACCAUGGACAGCAAGAUGAGACCUCUGUGGGCCGUUUUCGAGAAUGAGGAUCCAUCCGGCAGCGACAUUUAUUUCAUCUUCAAGCACGGCGAUGAUCUCCGCCAGGACAUGCUCACACUGCAAAUGAUUCGCAUCAUGGAUCGAUUGUGGAAGCAAGCUGGCCUGGAUUUGCGGAUGAAUCCCUACGGCUGCAUUUCCACUGGCAACCGUGUAGGAUUGAUUGAAGUCGUUCUCGACGCCGACACUAUAGCAAACAUUCAAAAAGAAAAGGGGGUUACCAAAGUGACGGCCACUUUUGAAAAGGGUUCCCUCCUGGCUUGGUUAAAAGAUCACAACCCAACUGAAACUGCUUUGAACAACGCCAUCGAGCAAUUUAGCCUGUCAUGCGCAGGUUAUUGCGUUGCCACUUACGUGCUGGGCAUAGCCGACCGGCAUUCAGACAACAUUAUGGUCAAGAAAAACGGCCAACUGUUUCAUAUCGAUUUCGGUCACAUCCUCGGGCAUUUCAAAGAGAAAUUCGGCAUUAGGCGUGAGCGUGUGCCGUUCGUGUUGACUCACGAUUUCGAGCACGUCAUCACGAAAGGUCAAACUAAAAAAGGAAACGGUCCCGUCCGGUUUGAAGCCUUUCAAAAUAACUGCGAGCAGGCGUUCCUUGUUCUUCGACGUCACGGCUCAUUUAUUAUCUCCUUACUUGCCAUGAUGAUCUCCACCGGUCUGCCGGAACUGAGCUGCGAAAAGGAUUUGAACUAUCUUCGUGAAACGAUGGUUCUCGAUCUCUCGGAGCAGGAGGCUUUGCGUCAUUUUCGUUCACAAUUCGAAGAAGCGAAAAAGAAUUCGUGGAAGACGUCAAUCAAUUGGACUAUCCAUAAUUUGGCUAGUGACAAUCGCCAAUAAGCGCCAAGUGGACGUGUAGUUCCUUUGACUGCCACAUCUCAUUCCACAAAACCGCCUAUCACUCCUUUAGUCAUCAAAUCACAAGCUGGUCUUCUGAGUGCCUUAUUAUCUAAACUAUGGACGAUAACAAAAACAAAACCUGAUGACCAUCACCCUUGCCCAUGUAAGUGCAAUAUGUCAACGACUGUCCCAUUAAAUGAGUCUUUCAAUAUCGUAGUCGACACCCUUGCCAAUUGCUAGACGUGAUAAUGUUCUCCUUCCCCCACACCCUCAUGUUGAUUAACCGCCAUCCAAGCAUGAAUUUUUAUCUCCCACGCUGACUCCUACCUUAUUGCAACACACACACACAAACACACAUGCCUGCGUAAUGGUUGAAGCAAUAAUGAAUUCACUCAUUUUCUUACACUUGCCACCCUGCGUUGUUUUGUUGAUUCGUGUGGAGGAAAGAGCAAAGAAAAAAUAAUAAAUUUAAAUUGUCGCAA